AUGAAGGUGGUGGAGCUCAAGGAGGAGCUGGGCGAGCGUGGCGAGGCCCUCUCGGGCAACAAGGCGUGGCUGCGCCGCCGGCUGCACGCCGCUAUAGCGAGCGAGGAUUUGGAGACCGCGCUGCGGGCGCCGCCGGAGAGCAGAAUGAUACCCUCAGACUAUGGCGUGGAGAGGGGUGUCCGAUUUUCCGAUCUUGUGGAUGGCCUGAAUGAAAGUUUAAGACCAACCGACGUCGGACCGCGGUGA